AUGACUGUCCCAACACCCCCAAUUGCCCGCUUUGACGCAACUGAUCCGUCAACCACCAUCGACAAACUGGUCGAGGUGAUCAAGCGUGAUGGAGGCGUAAUCGUCGAAAAGUUGAUUACCUCCGAGCUUGCGACUCAGAUCAGCAAAGAUCUUAAGCCUGCCUUUGACACCGAUAUCAAGGACAAAUAUGGCUUCUUCCCCGAGACAACUCAACGAGCAACAGGCCUGCUUGGCUUGUCUGAGGCCUGUGUCGAACUCGCUUGCAGCAAGAUCUACAAUGAAGUUGCUCAAGCCGUGUUACCGUCAACUUACUCCUUCUGGAGGGGUGACCACAAGAAGACGGUCAGCGGCAAGCCCAUCAUUUCUUCCACUGCUGGAUUCCGUGUCAACCCUGGGGGAACCCAGCAGGUCCUCCAUCGAGACGACAACGAUUAUUACCGUCACAACACGGAUGAGCCUCUGAUGAUUGGCUGCGUCACAGCCUUGACCAAGACGACAAAGGAAAACGGCGCCACGAUCUGCAUCCCCGGGUCGCAUCUCUGGGGCCCUGAUCGGAGGCCUUUGGACGAAGAGGCGGUUCCUGCUGAGCUGGAGAUUGGUGACGCUCUCAUCUUCUUGGGAAACCUUUAUCAUGCCGGCGGCGCCAACACAACCAAGAAUGAGUACCGGGAAACCGUUGGCAUAUUCCUCUGCAAGCCAUAUCUCCGACCGGCUGAGAACCAGUUCCUCAUGGUGCCGCUGGAGAAGGUGAGGAAGAUGAAGCCGCAAGCGCAACGCUUGCUGGGUUACGGUCUCUUGGAGCCCGGGGUUGGUUUCAUGAACUAUCAGGAUCCUAUGAGAGUAUUGUUUGGGGUUGAAGAUGAGGAGACUGUCAACAUGUGA